AAUCUUCAUGGUUUGGAAGAAUAUUUUAUUGUGGUUCGUCGUUUACCCGAGGAAGAAAACUCUAAAUAUUGCAACCAGAAUAGCGGAAACGCACGUCACCAAUACCAAGGCUGGGGUGCCUUUCGAAUGAAUAGCACCAUUUUGACAUGGAUUAAAUGGUCAACUAUCUUGUAUAUAACUGCUUAUAAAGAUCGUUGGUAUGGCAAAUAA